CCAACGCAGCGCUACACUGCUGACCACCUCGCAGCUCACACUGCCUCAACCCUGUGUCUCUGCCCUUUGUCAUCUUCUUCUUCUUCUUCUUUGUCGUUCUUACUCAGUGCCUCAACUCACUUGAUCAUUUGCGAUUCAGCUCCCUCCAUCAACAUUCACGUUCAACCCUCUCUUCCUCACGUUGCCGCCGCCGUCUUCCUUGCAGCUGCAGUUCAGUUGACUUUUGUGGUCAAAUGAUAAAGAGGAGAUUCUAUAAGGUUGAUCAUGGUGGCCGGGAUGCCUCAGAUGCAUCCUCUUCAUCCUCUGACUCUGAGAUAGAAGCUGAAGCAACUGAUGAAUCUGAAUCCGAGGAUGAUGAAAUGCUUGAACCUGAAGUAAAGCAGGAUAAUAAUGAUGAUGAUGCUGGCUCAGCAUCCUCUGGAUACAAAUGUGAGGAUAGUUUUGGAAAUGAUGUUGAUGCCAACUCCUCAGGUUUGUUUUUAAGUGACGAUGAUGAUGGAACUUUAAAUGAGAGACCAAAGCUCAAGAAUAAAGAGUUGUCUAGUAAACGUGAUCAUGAAGUAUUGGAGAAAAAGUCGAAGGUCUUGGUGGAUGAAAAUAAAUCAGUGCCAGUGGAUGCAUUGUCAUAUAUCUUAAAAUGCAAAUCAGUUUUUAAGUGCAGGAUAUGUCCUAGGAUUAUCUGUUUGAAUGAGGCAAUGUUGAGGGAUCACGUGCAGUCAAAGAGACAUGCUCACUCGGAAAAGCUACUUAAUCAAGGCAGACUAAAGGCCAUUCUCAACAGUGAUGGCGAAAUUGAGAACCUAGAUGUCUCAGAUGUCGAAGCCAACGAUAGCGAGGAUGAUGAAGACAAGGAUCAUUACAAAAGACAGAAGCAGAAUAAGAAGAAAUUCAAGAAGAAAAGGGACCUUAAUGUAAACUCAAGAAAAAUACAGUCACCGAAAGGUUCAGCCAAGAAAAAAGGCAAAAAAUGAGAACUGAGUUGGGUUCUAUUAAAAAACUUGUGGAGCAAUCUUUUCCUGGUAGUAUGUGCAAAGCCAUGCCAAGUUUUGAGUUCUCAUAUAUGCUCCAUUUAUGGUGCCUUUUGAAACCUCGUUCCCUCCCCAUUGUUCAAUAUUUUGUGUUUUCCUACCACAGUUUUAGAUUGUUCAAUGUGGUGAUGCCCUUCGUACAAUUUUCCCAGAGUAUUUCUUUUUAUUAAAAAGAAAAUGGAUUAUAGUAAUGUAUUGAUUAAUACUAAUUAAUGGAAAGAGUUAGCCUUGUAAAGAGUACUCAAGAUU